GAGUGUAUCGUUUCGCCUCUUAUUAUCUUCAAACUGCGCAGCUUUCUUUCUCUCUCUCUAUCAAAAAUCAAGAUCUUCUAUGGCUUCUAUUUCCGAAGAAUCAAGUCAUAACAAUUCCAAGACGCCAUCUAAACCAUCGCGGAUGAUCAGAAUAGUUGGAAAAGUUAAGGGUUUCACAGAUCUAGAAAAUGGACUUCAAAGCGAAAGACCAUUGCCGUGGAUUUCCGUUAGCAAGACAGAUGACAAUGAUACCUCCGAUGGAGUAGUGAUCUCUUUCCGCGAUCAAUCUGGCAGCUUUAAAGAGUCAAUCAAGCUGGACCACUGCUAUGAACAAGACGUGGGAAAUGAAGAUAUGUUUGUAAAAGAAAUUAAGCCUUUAGUUUCAGAAGUAUUUGAUGGUCAAAAGUCUACAGUUAUAGCAUUUGGAGCUAGAAGCAGUGGCAAGACUUACACAAUUCAGGGUUUUGAGGAAAAUCCUGGUUUAGCAGCCUUAACAAUGGCUGAAGUUCUCUUGAUGGCCGAGAAAACUGGAAAUCUUGUUGCCGUGUCUUACUAUGAGGUAUUGCAAGAUCAUGUAUACGAUCUUCUACAGACUGGCCGACCAGAAAUUCAAGUGUUCGAAAAUGCCCAAGGCAAAAUUCAGUUCAAGGGGCUUUCACAGGUCAAUAUCACAUCAUUUUCUCAGUUUAAGAAGUUAUAUUUUACGGGCAUUGUCCCUCGCAAAACACAACAAAAAGUGCCAUUAGAGCUGCCACAAAUGAGUCAUAAGGUUCUAGUUGUUCUUAUUUCCUCUGUUGAUGAGAACUCAGCCAAUAAGCCAAUUGGAAGGAUAAACUUUGUUGAUUUAGCAGGUUAUGAGGAUGCUAGAAGAAAGAGUUCUUUGGGUGUCAACAAUGUUGAUAGUACUAGAAUUAACAAGUCUUUAUAUGCUCUGCUUAAAGUUUUAUACUCUUUAAAUGCCAAUGAAAUCCGAGUUCCAUAUCGAGAAAGCAAACUGACUCGUGCAUUACAAGAUUCCCUUGGUAGGAAUAAUAAAGUGUUGAUGAUCACUUGCUUGAACCCGUUUUUUUGCCAUGACUCUUUACAUGCCAUGAUUUCGGUUUCCCGAUGUCGGGUUGUAAAUCGAGUGGUCGCUGAAUCUACAAAGACAGUAGGAAGUGUGUCCAAGCAACCAGUGGUCGCUGAAUCUACAAAGACAGUAGGAAGUGUGUCCAAGCAACCAGUGGUCACUGAAUCUACAAAGACAGUAGGAAGUGUGUCCAAGCAACCAGUGGUCGCUGAAUCUACAAAGACAGUAGGAAGUGUGUCCAAGCAAAGAGUGGUCGCUGAAUCUACAAAGACAGUAGGAAGUGUGUCCAAGCAACCAGUGGUAGCUGAAUCUACAAAGACAGUAGGAAGUGUGUCCAAGCAACGAGUGGUCGCUGAAUCUACAAAGACAGUAGGAAGUGUGUCCAAGCAACGAGUGGUCGCUGAAUCUACAAAGACAGUAGGAAGUGUGUCCAAGCAACCCGUGGUCGCUGAAUCUACAAAGACAGUAGGAAGUGUGUCCAAGCAACGAGUGGUUUCUGAAUCUACAAAGACAGUAGGAAGUGUGUCCAAGCAACCAGUGGUUUCUUCAUCCAGUAAAGGAAAGAUUGGGAGUCUUACAUUAAAGAAGCAAAUCAAUUCUCAAUCAUACAACUUUGAGAAGAAGGCUAAUUCUACAAUUAAAGGAAGGAGACUUUUUAGUGAAGGCAAAGCUACGACGAAUACUAAUAAGGAAAAUGUUUCGUUGAACAUGACAACUUCAGAUGAACAACAAGCACCUGCAAUAACAGUCUUUGAUUCAACAAGUGCCUCCAUCUUGAACAAAGAUGAACCAGUUUCAGUAGUUACUUUAGAUGAUCCUACUCCUGAAAAUGAGGAUAAUUCUCAGAAGGCGGAGAUUAGUCAUCUAGAAGUCACUCCCAAGAUUAAAUGCAAUAAUAAUUCAUCGAUUCUUCCGGAAGAAGGUGAAUUUAUUACUAAUAAGGAAGAAGAAACAAGUUUAGUCAUGAAUGAAGAUGGAUCACCAUCUCUUAGUUCUCUAAUAGAGAACCUGUCCAAUACAUUGAAGGCCCUUGAUUCUACUACAACUCCACUAGAAAUUAAGAUGCCAUACAAGAUCAAUACUGUAUCAAGUAUAUAUACAGAUGCUAUGGAACCUAAAACCCCUGUUUUUCAACAAAAUUCCAUAUGCAAAGGGAGUUUGACUAAUAAUAGUCCUUGGGGAAGGUUAAGUGCUCGUAGCACAGGAAUGAAAGAAGUCCUUGUUGAUGAGUACCUCAAUUUCUUAAACACUGCAAGCAAGGAGGAACUGAAAGGGUUACAGGGUAUUGGUGAAAAGAGGGCAACCUACAUUCUUGAACUUCGUGAAGAGUCUCCGGAACCUUUCAAAGAUCUUGAAGAUUUGGAGAAUAUUGGACUUUCAACUAAACAGGUAACAAACAUGAUGAAAAAAAUGGCAGGAGAGAUUUUCAGUUAGUUUUUUUUUUUAAUCAAGUUAGAAUAGUGGCUAUGGGAUUUGUUUUGUUGGCAACUUCAAGUUGCCAUUGUUAAAAAAAAUAUUUACUCUCUCCAUUGGGUUGUUUGCCACUCUACUAAGAGAUAAUGAUUGAUGUAUUCUAUAUGAAAUUUAUUAACUC